AUGUCUGGAAGUGGAAUUUCAGCAUUCUGGAAACGUAAUUGUGUGACUCUUACAAUGGUUCCGUCGCUGAUACUUUUGCAUUGGGCCUGGCUGAGACUCCAAAAUAUGGAUUCGUUGGUAAAAGAAGAAGAGAGAAGAGAUCUUCCUUUAAUUGAGAUGUUUCGCAAGUUGAAUAGUGCCAAAGAGUUUGACUCAAAUAUAAGACAAUUCAGACAUCAGCCCGAUUAA